AUGCUACGCAAAAAGUUAAAACUAGACGAGAAAUCAUUGGACGCUCGUGACGCGUGUGCGCCCUUUGGUGAAUUCUCGCUUUCCCAGUUUGCAAACGUGCCGAAGGCAAGGAUAAGCGUUCAUACGGUACCCGCUGAAACAGCUACUGUUGAAUCGAAUAAAGCGGAAUCCGAACCGGAAAAGCUUCCUGCAUGCUGCCCAGAUGUGGUGCCUUAUUGGCAACAAGUGUAUCACAUCGAACAGGAGCUAUCGGCUGCACUGCGUAAAGUUGCCCUACCGUCCGAUGUAGCCGCCUGCUAUGAUCCUAUCGAGUACGCUGCCGAGAUACAUUGCGCCUAUCUGCAACGUUUCCUCAACGGUCCGAGACCGGUUCUGUUUGUCGGCAUGAAUCCGGGACCGUGGGGCAUGUGCCAAACUGGGGUACCAUUCGGUUACGUUCCGGCCGUACGGGAUUGGAUGGGAUUGCGAGGAACGGUAGCGAAACCGACACCGGAACUAGCUGCAAGACCAGUGGAAGGAUUGUCCUGUACGCGCGAAGAACAGAGUGGAAAGCGUUGGUGGGGAUUGUAUGAAGAACUGUGCGGAACUUCGGAUCGCUUUUUUCGUUCCUGCUUCGUGUACAAUCUUUGUCCGCUCGCUUUUUUCCAUCAAACCGGACGAAACAUAACACCAAGCGAGUUGAAGGGAAAAGCAAAGGGAGAAAUUCAAUCGAUUUCGGAGCAAUACCUAGCAAAGGCACUUACGCUGCUUAAGCCAAACAUAGUCAUAUCGGUUGGACGAUAUACGGAGGAUCGUGUAAAAACGCUUACAAAACAGAACAAAAUUGACCCGACCAUCGUUACGUACUGCAUGCCACAUCCGAGUCCUCGCAGCCUGAACAACACCAAUUGGUCCGAGAAGGCAAAACUUUGGCUUACUGAACACGGCAUUCUACCUUACCUUAACCCGCCGGAAGUCGUAGACUCUACCAUUUAG